AGGUGGAACGUACCUAAAUUUGCAUAAAAUCAUCCACUUUGUUUGCUAAUAUUAAAACUACGUUCAAGUCAUGUUGUAUUUUCUUAAGCAGGAUAAUGGGAGUAUACCUGGUAAUAUAUUUUAUAUUACUGGGAACGGCGAACAUGCUAUCGGAAGAGGUGAUUGCCACCUAACUUUGCCUAGUGAUCAAUCCGUAAGCCGAAGACAUGCAUCAAUAUGGAUAGAGAAUGGGAUACUAAAGGUUAAAGAUCUUGGAUCUCGUUAUGGGACUUUCAUAAAUGAUGGAAUUGAAGCAAAUCGAAUCAUUAACAAUAAUGGUGAAGUAUAUUCUUUACAAGCUGGAGAUAAAAUUCGUUUUGGAAUGCAAUGGAAUAUUUGGGCGGUAUGCGGUUUUCCAAUACGAACAGUAACAUCAAACAUGUUAACGGAACAAAAAGAAAUUGUUGCUAGCUAUUUGGCUGUAUUAAAUGGCCAAUUCGUUAUGGACUUUGAUGACGCUUGUACUCACGUUACAGUGGAUACAAUCUACUUAACAGUCAAAUUAUUAUGUGGCCUAGUGAAAGGUAUUCCAAUUGUAACACCUCAAUAUUGGAAAGAUUGCGUUGAAUGUGUACGAAAUAAUAGACUAUUACCCGAUACUAAAAAUUAUUUACCACCAUUAGCAGAGGAUUUGAUAAACAAAGAAAACAUAAAUUUAGCACCAGGUGCACGUAGGGAACUAUUUGUCGGAAAAUAUUUCUUAUUUUCAAAUGAACGCAGUCGCAGUAAAUUACGAAAGAUGGUGGAAAUUGCCGGAGGUCAAACAAGUUUAUGGUCAUCAUUCGAUCGUAGUGUUUUACUUCAGAAUAACGUAAUUGUGCUACGACCGAAUACGAUUACUGAUUCAGAUACAACUCACGAGUAUGCUGGAUACGAAGAAAUCAACGCACUAUUAGAAGCACACGGGAAGCGAAUGAUUCCAGAACAUGAAAUUGCCUUGGCAUUAUGGCAUUGUGAUUGUACCACAAAUUGUAAUCCAAAUUUCAAGGUGACAUCACGUCUAUUUGGUCAAAUGAAUUUUGCUAUUCGAAAUGACGAUAUUAUUGUCACUGAAACAAAUUCAAUGUCACAAUAUCCAUAUUCGCAACCAGCUGGCUCACAAAUUAUAAUUCCACCGACACAACAAACUCUUGGUAUGACACAACCAAUUGCUACUCAAAAUGUUUUAAAUAUUCCAACGAAUAUUGGUGGAAUGAUGGCAUCAACAUCAGACGUGAUGACGGAUCCAAAUCUAAUGCGAAAACGAUUAAAUGAGGAUAGUGGAGUUCAUGAUGCGUCUGCUGAUAAAAGAAUGCGGUUAGAUGGAAAUAUGCAAAGUCACUUGGGAACAACAGGUGUCAUGAAUGGUGGUCUUUAUGGUAAUCAAAACGCCGGUAUAAUACCAGUUGAUGCAAAUCAAAUACCUGAUUUCCAAACUCGUAAGCGUAAAGCAGAUGGUGAAGAUGUCAAUGGAACAUCAAAACGAUUUAUGCUUGAAAACAACAACACAAGCAACGAUGUAAAGAAUUUCCCGGUUGUGGAUCCAGCUAUAUUGGAAAAUAUUUACUCAUCAUCUGGAUGGUUAUCGAAAACAUUCUUAAAAAUGGAAAUUAAAACUGAAGGUAUAGAUGACGGUGGUGGUCUUGAUGGUCUCAUUCCACCUGAAGAACAACCGGAAGUGAAACCACCAACGUUGGACGAUGAGGAUAAAAUACAAAUUAAAGUUAUUACUGUGCCAUCACUCAUUGUAAAAAAAUCUAUGUACGACUCAAUCAAAGAAGAAGGCAGUAAUAUUUCAACAAAAGAUGUUAACUUCAAGAAAUUCAAAAAGAUUCAACCGAAAAAAUCCAAUUACAUAAUCAGCUCGUUUACUAGACGAGUAUGUGAUGGAUCAUUAACGAAUUCAUUAAUGGAUAAUGGAACAAUGGAAAAACCUUUGGAUAAUGGAACAAUGGAUAAUGGAACAAUGGACAAUGGAACAAUGGAUAAUGGAACUGCAAAUAAUAUCGAUUCGUUGAAUAAUAUUGAACAUAAUUUAAUUGAAGCGUCAUAAAUCUUUUCAACUGAGUAUUUAUUUGCACGUUACCGUACAAAAAUACUACCCCGUUGCGUUAGAAUGUGCACUCAUUUUAACGUCAAUAAAUUUAUGUUUGCAUUGACUGGUGACUUCCAUAACCAUAGGCCGCAGUUUUGAGAAUAUAAGGAUUCAAAUAAUGCAAACAAAAAUUUAUGAAAUGUAUAAUUUUUUUGAAAAUAUUUGUACGUUGUUGCUUGCAAAUAGACACGGUGUUUUUUUUAAAGUGAUAUAUCAUUAUUAAUAAAGUCCAUGUUGUGUAUUUAGUGUUUAUUUUACGUAAAGGAAUUAUUAUUUUAGGAUAGAUUAUUAUUUUCAUCGUAAAAUUUACACUAUUUAGGAAUACGAUCAUGUCUAUCAUUAUAAAUAUAUUAUUAUAAAUCUCAAGAUCUUGAAUCGUUACAGAGUUUGAAAACAAUUGAAAAUGAGCGCUUAGAAUUGUUUAUAAUGCGCUUUGUCAACACUAAAGUUAAAUUUAAGUUUUACUUAAAGAUGUACAGAGUUUUAGACGUCUGUAAAGUGGAUCGAAGAACAACUACACCAACCAAAAAUAUGUUCUGCAUUGUUUACUCUUUUUUUUAAUAUGUCGUAAACCAUUUGUUUGUUUAUGGUUAUUUUAAUUUGCUGCAUUCGGAUUGCGAAAUCAUUAAUGAGUAUUUCGUUUUUUUAUUUAUUUGUACCAUGUGGGCUGCCUUGAUGAAAUUUUAUAUAGGCUUGCAGAUGCUCAUUGAAAUUUUGAAAUUCGAAUAAUCCGAUAGAUUCUAGAGGAUUUUUUUUAUUUAUUCAGAAUAAGCUGCUAUUUUUAUUUAUAUUAAAGCCCAAAUUUAAAAAAAAUGGUGUUUCGAAUAGAUGCAAAAAAAAAAACAGUUCAAGUAAAGACAGACAUAUCACAUACCUUCUAUCUUUGUCAAAAAGCGCUGUUUGAUAAAGGUAAAAGAUAUUUAUUUUCUUUACUUGAAAAGUUUUUUGACAACUAUCCGAAACAAUAUCAAAUCGAUGAAAAGGCAUAUUUUUAUUUGUUGACAAUCACGGGACUUUCGUAAUGGCCAUAGAGUACCUCUUUUGGUUUAUAGUUUGGUCUUUUUUUGAAAAGAAUAUAUGUAAUUUUGAAGAAUUCUCAGCUUAAAUUAUCGUUACCAUUACAAAAAACUAAUAGGAGCUCUCAAUGAAGCAAUCAUUUUCCUAAUACUCUUUUAAUUGCGUUCAUUCUUUGUAACACUAAUGUGUAAUAAUUUUUUUUUAAAUAUAUAUACUUAAAUUACGUGAAAAGCGUGCUCCCUUCUUUGUUCAUGGUCCUCUUCCUAUAUUAGUAUUAUCAAUAACAUAUUUUUUUAAAUCAUUCCAUCAUUGGUUGAAAAUGUAAUUAACAGCUUCAUAAAAUAAAAACCGAUUCAUUAAUUA